ACACACACACACACACACAAAGAGAGAGCAUUCCAAAAAUGGAGUGUCGAACGUUCGAAAUAACCCUAAUAUCAGCGUACGACCUUGAGGAUGUCCGAAAAAUAUGCAAGAUGAAGGUCUACGCCCGAGUCUCUAUUGGUGGUGGUGGGCACAGGCCCCCUACCAACGAGAAGCGGACCCCACCCGACAAGCACGGGCAAACAAACCCUGCUUGGAACUUCACGAUGAGGUACACGAUAAGCGAGCGCAUGCUCGAGAGUCACAACUCGUCGCUCGUCGUCAAAUUAUAUUGCAAACGGAAGCUCGGCGAUAGGUAUGUGGGAGAGGUCCACACCUCCAUGAAGGAGCUCUUCGAGUGCUCGAAAGGUAGCGGUGGAGCUGCGGUUUUGUGUUUUCCGGUACAGAGGGGCUGCGUGAACUCGCAGGGCGGGAUGAGGUUCUCAUAUAGGUUCGGGGAGAAAUUGGUCAUUGACAAGCUUCUGUUGGCUGAGGGUCUUAGAGGCUGGAUUUUUUCUUGAUAGUCUUUCUUCCCUUUUUUCAAAUUUUUAUAUUUAUUUGAGAAAAGGGGAAAAAAAAAAAAGGAUUAAGGGUUUUCUUGAUUUUGUUUUCUUUGUCCGAGUUGUGUAUGUGUUGAUGUUACCAUUGCCAAUGGAAAUGAAGGGUUGAUGGAGACAAGUGUAAAUAUUGGUUUUUAAUGAGAGCUUUAGUUUGGAUUAUGAAAAAGUAUGCAUGAGGUGUAGGUAGC